CAGUUGUAUAUCGGUUUCGAUAAUAUCCACUCGACUUUCUUACUUAAUUUCCGUCGCGGUCCGUCGUCAGUGCGAGGCAACCGGUUAACCUGUCGACAUAUGCAAAGCGGGAAUCUCGCCGGUCUUGCCAAAAACUAAAUACAAUACUUAUACUGACAUUAUAAAAUAUACAUAUAUAUAUAUAUAUAUAUAUUCGACAACAACAACGGCAGCAAUGGCCAAAGUCAACGCGAUACUCAUACCCGACGGUUCGUUUUCGUUCACAGACGGCAUCGACGGCCAUCAGAAAGACAUGGACUUGUUCGCUUUCAUGUUUUUCGCGUGUUGUCUAGAAGUUUUUCUGUUCAAAUAUUUUGCCAUAUCUUUUUAAACUACUAUACCACACGGCAUAAUAUAUAUAUAUAUAUAUAUAUAUAUUACAAUAUAAUACAAUACACGGCACGCCUAGUCGUUAGGACGAUGCGCUUAAUCAAUUCGCAUAACGUGGUCCAACGCGAAAUCCUCAACAAGAAACUAAAGUUGAAAGUGGCGUCCACCGACGGAGGCGAAGACCAUGAAACGUUUGUCGAAGUCCGCGACUAUCUGGAACAGCUAGUGGAAGGGCUAGUGGACGGAGGCCUGGACGAUGUAUGUCUUACGCCACUAUCCACUCACCCGGAAUACAUGUCGAUAUGUUGGAAGUAUCACGAAAAGUUGGCCACCACGCUCACUGCGGCCAUACAAGCAAUCGUCAAAGAAUCCGACGACUUCGAAAAAAUACCCGAAAGACUUAGAGUCAUUUUGGACGAGCUGUACAGCGACGUUGAACAUCUUCCCGAGCUGCAGUCUGCUCAGAAAAAAUGCGUCGUUCCGCUGGCCGAAGAUUUGGACGAGAAGAACUAUGAAGAUUUGCUGGCCACGGCCAUACUGAACAAGAUCGUUUCCAACAGUCAGACCAAAAAACGCGUUUCCGACGGAAACCCCAGGUACGGAAAACUUCCGACGAGAAGUUCUGGUUCCAGUUUGAACUCUUUGUGCUCGAAACGAACAGAUGAUUCCUGGGGCAGUAACGCUAGCCCCGAACGACUCUCUUUUACAGUCGAAGAACGCGUGGCACAAGUGACGACCACCAGCUAUAACCACACAUAUUCGGACGUGGAGGGCGACUACGACGACGGAUACAACGAGGGCGACGACGACGACGACGAGAGAUCCCAGUCGACCCUCGGCAUAUUCAUGUCGAACGCCAAGCUGUUGAGAGGACACAAAACUCCUCUGCCCGAUUUCGGAUCCGACGUGGUCGACGACUGUAGCGGCAUCGACGUGGACGAUCGCGGCCUCGGCGCCAAAGUGGAUUCGUGGGAAGACAAUUGGCUGUUCCAAAAGAAAAAACACAACCGAAACGACACCGGUUCCAACAACGGCUACCACCAUCAUCCCGUGCCGGUGCCGAUGUUGGUGCCCAACCCUUGCGACGACAGCAGGCCUUUGAUCGGUGACCGGGACGCCGACGAAACGUCCGAAUUGUCCGACUACUCCAACUCGGCUCUGGACGAACUCCUAGAACUCUCCGACAGCCAAGAAUCAGAGCUAAUCAAACCGUCCGAAAUCGACGGCCGAUCUAUAGAUCAGUUGACGUUCGAAGGCCCGAGUAGCGAGGAAGACAAUCCGUUGAACUGGGAUCCUGUGGUGGAGGCUUGCAACAAGCACGUGGCUUUGUCUCAGGCCGACUCGGGUCAAGGAUCGUUGGAACUACACAGGGACUACGACCAGACAGUGGAAAUUGUCGAAGUCAUCGAAAAGCCGGUGCCUAGGCCAAGGUCGAGUUUGAACGCGAACAUCGAAAACCAGCCAACAAGACAAGACGAAAGCAGUUGCGACGAAUCACUGCCACCCAGACCGGGCACAAUAGCGGCACGAGAACAUUCGAAAUGGGAGAACGCAGUGCCUAUGGCCAACAAUCCGUAUUCUGCAGAAAAUAUCGAAAAAAGGAAGUACAAGUCCAAGUUUUCGAGUAGGAGUGGCAGCGACUCUUCGCUGGACUUGACCAACGUGAACGAUCCGUCUAAACCGAUGAAGAUCGUUUGCAGCCCCAAGUUACCGGAUAGCCAGAAAUACGGUCGGGACUUCUACAUAAACAACAGUGCGGACGGUGCUGGUUCCAAGGGAAAACAGACGAAGGUGUCCAAGCUGGUGGGACAGAUGGAAGACAACGGUGGACAGACUUUGGACUUUGAACGGAAGCAAACUAUGGACAACGUGGUCAGGGUGUGCUCUUGGUCGGACAGACAAGACGGUAGUCCGCUGCCGAGUCCCACGGCAGGCAGAGACUCGAGCGGCGACGACGAAUUCCACAUGCCUUCGGUCAAAGAGUUGGCCAAACAGUUUUCGUCACACAUCGUGCAAAGCAAAGCCACUUCGUUCAAACAAGUGCACAGUUUGACGGCCAGAAGCAUCCGCAAGGAGUUCAGAGAAGGAUUGGGACUGAAAGUACGUCAGAAAAAUGGUCAAAACUUAAAAAACGAUUCGGACGACAGCGGAAACGGUUCGGCCAUUUUGGCCGACGACGUCAACACACUGGAAUAGGCCACAACGACGAUAAUGAUUAUUGCUAUUUAAAUUAUUGCAUAAGUACUUUGUUUGUAAUGCGUUGAACGAUUAGUGUUUUUUUUUUCUUCUAAUAAUUUUUGUUGUUAUUAUUAUUAUUAUUAUACGCUUACAAUAUUAUGUUUAUUGUGAAUAUUAUUGCAGUUAAAGGAAACAAUAAAAAUUAUAUUAUAUCAUA